UAACACUUUCAAAUACUACGCUGUGUAGGGGAGUGGUUAUAAUGACAACUGACUAAGCAUUGGUUCAUCGUAAACAAGACAUUUGUUGGAUUAUUUUUGUUUAUAAUUUACUUUUAAUAUAAAAUAAGAUGGAUGCAUGGAAAAUAGUUUUAUUUGUUGCAAUAUCCAUGUUCUACUGUACUCAAGUGAACUUCGUGGCUGGCUUAGAAUGUUAUGUAUGCUCGAAUCAAACGGGCAAUACAGAGAAGUGUCUAAACACUAUUAAAACCUGUGAACCAGGUGAAGAUGUUUGUGGUACUGAAAUUCGCUGGGGCAGUAUGCCCUAUUUUUCUACUGGCGCUGGUAAGCAAUAUUAUGUAUCGAAACGCUGCAUGACGAAAAACCAAUGUCAACAAAAACGAAACCGUUUUAUGCAAUAUUGUACACAUAUUUGGUAUGAAGAUUGGGCGUGUGCAGAAUGCUGUCCAGGUGAUCGUUGUAACUACUUUGUAAUAAGUUCCUCAACAAAUGUACAACAUAAAAUGCUUGCUUUAUUAUUAUGUGUAUUUAGCGGAAUGUUAAUUAAAAAAUUGUUUCAUUAAUAAGUAGACAAACAAUGUUGUAACUCACAUUCCAAUAGUUUACAGAACAUUCAGAUAUAGCUUUAUUUUAGCGCACAACAUUCGAAUAUAUAUAAAUCAAAAGUGACCUUUACAUAUCAAAUAAUAUGAGAACUCGAAUAAUUGUCAGAUUAUAUUAAUUUUAUAUCUCAUACUGUGAGUGAAUAAUACAAAUAUUUAAGUAAUUUUUGUUUUAAUGAGCAA